AUGACUAAGGCUGCAUACCCAGUGCUCUACCACUUCCCAGAGGACUGGGCUGGGAAAGCCUUAAUGAAAACUGUAUGCAAGAACAAGCACAACACCAAGGCAAAUGAGCAAGGACAGCUAUGCAGAGGGAAGAAUGACAAUACCAACACCCCUAUCCAGAACAACAAGGAGCAGUCCAUCAAGGAAGAGCCUGUUGAAGAGGAUCCAUUUGAAGAGGAGCCCAUCAAAGAGGAUCUGCUGAAAGAGGAGCCUGUCAAAGAGGAUCUGUUUGAAGAGGAGCCAAUCAAAGAGGAUCCAUUUGAAGAGGAGCCUGUCAAGGAGGACUGUGCUUUCAAAGAGCCUGUGGAUGAAGAACUUGCUGGUACCAUUGAAUCUGACAAGAACAAGGAUGAUAUCAAAGUGCAAGUGAGCCUGACAAGAACUGCAGGUCUAGGAAAGAAAUGCUGUCAUAUUGAGGAUUCCAAUAGCAAGGAUGAACAAGAGGUUAAGCAACCUUUGUUCACAGCUUGCACCUUGGCUCCAACUCCAACUCCCACAUCCAAUGUUCUGCUACUCAAGCUCUCAGCUUGCACAUCCAAUGCCCCUGCCUGCCCAUCAAAAUCUUCUGCUCCAAAGUCCAAGUCUGCAUCCAAGACUUCCACUUCCAAGGCUCCCACUCCCACUCCCACUCCCACUCUUGCAUCCACAAACAAGGCCAAGAUCCCCACUGCUGCUGCCACUGCCAAGUCUGCCAUGUCCUUGUCUGAAUCAGAGCCAUCUCCACCUCCAAAAAUACCUUUGGCUACUGUGAAAAAGCAAGUGCCAGUAAGACUCUCAAUUGAAUGA